AUGACCAAGUGUAUCUACUGUGGGCUCUGCCAAGAAGCUUGCCCUGUCGACGCCAUUGUUGAGGGGCCAAAUUUCGAAUUUUCGACCGAAACACAUAUGGAGCUGCUUUACAACAAGGAAAAAUUACUGACGAAUGGUGAUCGAUGGGAACCGGAAUUAGCCGCAAAUAUCCAAGCAGAAUUCUUGUAUCGAUAA